CUUCUUCUUCUUCUUCUUCUUCUUCUUUAAAAAUCACUGCAAUCUUCUCUUCAAAUUCAUUACGGAUUCUCCCAAAACCUUGAGAUUCCAUGGAUUCAUCUCAAAUUCCUCUCUCUCUAGCCAUGUACGGCGGUGAAAACGGCCUGAGAAUGCAGAGCAGCGCUCUGUGGCGGUCUUUCAGAAACGGCGAUUUCGAAGAAGAAGACGUGUGGAACGUUCUCGAGGAGAAAUCGAUAACGGCUUCAAAUUCCUCCGAUGAUUUGAAUUUCUUCGCCGAUUCGUCCAUUUCUGAAUCCGUUUCCGCUUCCGGAAUGAUUCCGAGGUUGAACGGCAGAGGCAAUGCUCGGAUUGCUCCAAAAUCGGCUCCUCGAUCGAUUCCGCGGUGGUUUAAACCUAACGGAAGUGAAACGCCAUGGAAAUUCGAUUGCGACGACGGAGUUGCCGAUGAGAGCGAGGAGGAGGAGGAGGAAGAGGAGGAAGGAUUUGAGGAGAGAGUUCCGCCGCAUGAAUUGAUUGCAAAAAGGUUAGUUAGGGCACAGAUUUCGUCGUUCUCUGUGUUGGAAGGAGUCGGAAGAACAUUGAAAGGGAGAGAUCUGAGUAAAGUAAGGAAUGCUGUUCUUACCAAAACUGGAUUUCUGGAAUCACUGUGACAUUCCAUUUGCACUUAUCAUCAAUCUCUCUGUGAAUAACUUUUCUUCAUUUCCA